GCGGGCACUGCCUGGACCUGGGGGGCCGCGGCGUGCUCUGCAGGUGCCGCCCGGGCUUCUCGGGCCCCCGCUGCGAGCACAACGUGGACGACUGCAGCCCCAACCCCUGCGCCAACGGCGGCACCUGCGUGGACGGCGCCAACGCCUUCACCUGCUCCUGCACCCUGGGCUACGCCGGCACCCGCUGCCGCCCUCGCGCCGACGCCUGCGCCUCGGGUCCCUGCCUGCACGGCGCCACCUGCUACACCCACUUCUCCGGCCACGUCUGCGCCUGCCCCCCCGGCUUCAUGGGCCCCCGCUGCGAGGAAGAGGUCGGGGCCCCGGCUGCUCCUCGCCGCCAGCCCCCGGCGCCCUUGGCCAUCGCCUGCGCCCUCCCCAUCGCCCUCCUGGGGCCCGGACUCGGCUUGGUGCUGGCGGCUCGCGGGUGGCGGCGGCGGGCGGUAGGGGGGGAGAGCCGAACGCUGGAGCCAGGGGGGGGCCCUGGGGUGAGCCUCCCAGGGACAGAGCAGCCUCUGCCACCCCGAGCCUCGGCCACCCAGGUGAGGAUGAGGACCCUGCGCUCGGAGCUUAACUGCCCCUUCAUCUUCCUCCUCUUCCUCUUCUUUAACCCUCCCGGCACCUUCCAGGUCUGA